AUGGCUGAGUGUGAGCGUAUCGUACAGCCACAUUCAAGAAGGAUUUCAAAAGACAGUAAGAAUGAUAAACAAAGGCUUACAUUCAGUGGAAAUUUUGCAGAAAGUGGUCGUCACUUUGAUAUAACGGCAGACAGAGACAGUAUGCGGCAAGAUAUAUUAAAUGCUGUUAUGAUGAGAACACAGUCCCACAUAGGUGUUAAUCCACUUUAUGAAGACCCUAGAGAUGUAAUAGAUAAGCCAUUAAAACCGCCAAGAAAACGGAACUUUCAUGCUGUUGCUGUAUCUUCACCAAGAUCAAAAGAUAAAUCAAGUAAGGAACACAAGAGAAAACUAACAAAGAAAUAUGAAGGUCUGGUUACGGCUUUAAUGGAUAAGUGUGAGGAAAAUUUAAUUAUGAUAUCAGAAAAAGACACCCAAAUAUCAAAGCUGAAAGAAAAAUUGAAAGCUAUACUAGAUUACAACAGACUGUUUGCAGAUGAAAAUGAUAGAUUAAAAGGAGAAAAUGAAGAAUUAAUAAAAUAUAUAGAAGAGUGCAAAAAAGUUAUCAAAGGAGAGAGGGAUAGAAGUGGCAGGUGUGAAAAGAAAUGUAAGGAAUUAGAAGAAAGAGUGAAGCAAUAUCACGUGCCAGAUAGAGAUACAGAGCCCCAAGCGAUACCGUUAGUAGAAGUAUGCAUGAGCUGCAGUAGUCGACAGAUUGUUCUGAACCAAAGCAAAGAGCAUAAUACAAGGCUUCAGAAAGACUUGCAGGCAAUGAAGGAUGUACUCUAUAGAUUGAACGUGCAACUGUCUCGGUACCAAGAGAAGUUACGUACGACUAAGACGGACUGCAAAGAUUUCAAGAGUGAAAAAUAUGAAUGCUUUGAUUCACUUCUAACAGUUAAUUUUGGCCAGAAACAAGAUGGAGAAAAUGAUGUAAUUCAAACAAAAGCGGAAGAUGUUGGAACAAGUCGAUUUGUCGAUAUCUCAGGUUUAUUAAGUGCACAGGCAUUAGCACCUCUGUUCGAUGCUUAUCAAGAAAAUUUGCAAGAAAAGGAAAACUUGAUAAUGGACUACGAAAAGCAAUUCGAAAGUAUCAAUAAAAAAUCAAAAGAAAUAGUCACAGAGAACAAAUCUCUGUUAGAGAGAGUCGUUAAUUUGGAAACAGAGUUGGUGGGAGUGAGACAGAACUAUAAGAAACUCGUUGUCGAGAAAGAGACCGGUGAUAUUGAGAGAGCUUCGCUUUUUGAGAGAGCUGAUAGAGCGGAGUCUAAGUUGAAAGAAGUGUACGAGUUGUACGAAGAUAAGAUGGCGGCCAUGAUGCGUGACUACGAGAUGGUACACCGUGAGUACUUUACAGUGAAAACCGCUCUCGAGGCGUCAACGGGGAAAAUGGCCCAAAUGGACGUCUUGAGAACUAGAACAGUACCUGCUGACCUUCACGAAAGGAGAUUGGAGGAUUGCAAGAGGCUUCUAGAAGAGUUAAAGCAUCAAUACAGCAUGGACACGGAGAGGAAGAAUGAGCAAAUAAAGAAGAUGCAAGAAGAUUUGUCCUAUGCGGAUGAGAGAUAUGAAAAGGUCUGCCAGCAGCUUGAUACUGUGCAAGAAGAGUUACAGGCUGCGCUGAAGAAUGUUAAAUUGUACCGUCGUGCGGCGUUAGUGUUUCGCAAACGUGCACGCUCUGCGAGCGCCCGUGCAGUACGUGCCAAAAGGGUGCGGCGCGACAACGAGCCGCUGAAACAAGCUUUGGCGGCGCUUGAGAAGAUUAAAUCCGAGAUUAAGGUAGUUAAAUCUCGUGCUUACACAUCGUUAGAGGAAUUGGAGCGUCGUAUUGUGUCACAAGAACGACGGGCGACGCACGCGCAGGCUGAAUAUAAGAGGUCGCUGGAAAGGGCUUCCUUAGCUCUCCAACACAAGGAGGAGAUCAUACGAUCAUUGAUUGAUAAGGUGGCUGAUGUGGAGGAAGUAAGAUUAAGUCAGGCAAACGCCCAUCGUCUACAAGGUAUCGUUUCAUCAUCAGACUCGUCAAAAAGUCAAGAACCAAAAACGAAGUUAGUUCCGGGACCGGGAGGGUAUUUCAAAGAGGAUAAGAAGAAAAAGGAAGAAACUAGAUGUAAAAGAGAAGAUAGAAGGAAAGCUUCGGAUAGUUGUAGCUAG